UUAUCUCGGGGCGGGGCUUCAGGAGCGCCCGCCCUCUUCCCCCGGCGUGCCCCGCGGCAGGCGCUGACGUGGCUGCCGUCAGCGCCGCCAUCUUGUGGGAGCGAAACCAACGCCUGGCUGGGAGCAGCCGCCGCGGAGGUCUCUGGCCAGUAUUGCUUCCACCUGUCCACAAGCAUGGGGAAUAUCUUUGCAAACCUCUUCAAGGGCCUUUUUGGCAAAAAAGAAAUGCGCAUUCUCAUGGUGGGCCUGGAUGCUGCAGGGAAGACAACAAUUCUAUACAAACUGAAGCUGGGUGAAAUUGUGACCACCAUUCCUACCAUUGGUUUCAACGUGGAGACAGUUGAGUACAAGAAUAUCAGCUUCACUGUGUGGGAUGUGGGCGGCCAGGACAAGAUCCGGCCACUGUGGCGCCACUACUUCCAGAACACCCAAGGCUUGAUCUUCGUAGUGGACAGCAAUGACAGAGAGCGUGUGAAUGAGGCCCGUGAAGAGCUCAUGAGGAUGCUAGCUGAAGAUGAGCUCCGGGAUGCCGUUCUCUUGGUGUUUGCCAAUAAGCAGGAUCUUCCCAAUGCCAUGAAUGCGGCCGAAAUCACAGACAAGUUGGGGCUGCACUCUCUACGCCACAGGAACUGGUACAUUCAGGCCACCUGUGCCACCAGCGGGGACGGGCUCUAUGAAGGACUAGACUGGCUGUCCAAUCAGCUCCGGAACCAGAAGUGAACCAGACCCCUCCCUCCCCCUCACUUCCUCUUCUCCGCCCUCCGCUUUCCUCUCAUGUGGCAAACGUGCGACUCUGUGGUCCUGAGUGCCAGAAGCUGUCUCCAUGGGUUGGUCACAGUGUGCAUCGCACCGUGCUGUACAUGUGCAGACGCAGCCUGCAGCCAGGUUUUUAUUUAAUGUAAAUAGUUUCUGUUUCCACUGAGGCAGUUUCUGGUACUCCUAUGCAAUAUUACUUAGCUUUUUUAUUGUAAAAAGAGAAUCAACUCACUGUCAGUACUGAGAAGGGAUUUGGGUGUAGGGGCACCUGGCCUUCGGGAGCCAUUGGGCUGUAGACUGAUGUCAGUAUCCAUUUGGUGGUUGGUUUUUACCCAAACUCAGUGCAUUUUUUAAAAUAGUUAAAAAAAAAAAUACAGGACAAGAACACUUGAACACACAGAACGGAGACUAUGCCUAGUGUAGGUUUUGCAGUAAUGGCCUGAAUGCUAGUCCACUGGAUCACCUGUUCCCCCGUGGAAACAGGAGAGGUGGACAAACCACCAUCCGCUGCAUGGUCACAGUAGAGCCCCCGUGACUCGCCUGUCUUUGGGUCACCUGCAUUCCAUAGCAUUGUGCUUGUACUUGUGCUCACGUGGUCACCUAGGGGUGGGCUGGGAGCCAUUGUGGGGUGCAGGGCCCGGCUUGUAUUUGGUGUGCGGCCGGGCCAGGUGGCAGUCUACAUACCCAGCUUACUCUUGGGCCCACUUGGACGCGCUGGCAGGAGGCCUGGGUCUCACCAGCAGGAGCGCGUGCAAGCUGGGAGGGUCAAUCCAUUCCAGACCCACAUCCUGGAGCACCCCCAUCUCCAUGUGUGAAGUAGCUUUCUCCCUCAGCCUGCAAGGGUCCGAUUUGCCAUCGAAAGACGACCUCUACUUUUUUCUUUUGUAUUUUGAUAAACACUGAAGAAGCUGGAGCUGUUAAAUUUAUCUUGGGAAAUCUCAGAACUGGUUUAUUUGGUGUUGUGGAACCUCUUACUGCUUUCAAUACACAAUUAGUAAUCAACUGUUUUGUAUACUUGUUUUCAGUUUUCAUUUCGACAAGCACUGUAAUUAUAGCUAUUAGAAUAAAGUCUCUUAACUAUU